AUGCUCAAAUUCGAUGACUUACCGGCAUCUAGGAGCUCCGAAGCCGGUUACAAACUCGAACAGUUGGCUGAAAUCGAGGCUGACGUCUUCUGGUGCAUCUCGCGUCUGCUGGACACCAUCCAGGACAACUACACCUUCGCCCAGCCCGGCAUCCAGAAUAACAUUGCUAUGCUCACCAGCCUGACUGAACGUCUGGAUGCCGACCUGCAUCAGCACUUCCUGGCGCAGAACCUCGAGUACCUGCAGUUCUCCUUCCGUUGGAUGAACAACCUCCUCAUCCGGGAACUCCCUCUGCGGUGUAUCAUUCGGCUCUGGGAUACCUACCUGGUAAGCUUUCUUCUUCUUCUUCUUCUUCUUCUUCUUCUUCUUCUUCUUCUUCUU